CAGAUUGGGAGCUGGCUUCUGCUACGGGACUAGAUCUUCAUCACUCUCCAUCCCUGAUGUUAUGAAGGGAGCUUCACAGAUGUGGAAAAAAUCAAGCUACAUGACUUGCUAGAAGAAGAGGAUGAUGUUAUGUUGGGGAUAUUGGUCUUUUGGACUUCCUGGGGCCGGCAACAGUUUACAGGCGAUCAUCCCCGAGCCUCAGAGCUGUGGUUUCAUUCAUGAGAGGAACAUCAAAGAAGUCGCUUGUGGUGGCAACCAUUCCGUUUUCCUGCUGGAGGAUGGGCAAGUCUACACGUGUGGCUUGAAUGCCAAAGGACAACUAGGCCACGAGAGGGAGGGAAACAAGCCAGAGCAAAUUUGCGCUCUAGCGGAUCAGCACAUAAUCCAUGUUGCCUGUGGAGAUGCUCACAGCAUGGCCCUCAGUGACCAAGGCCAGCUCUUUUCUUGGGGCGCGGGGAGUGAUGGCCAGCUAGGACUAACAACUACAGAAGAUUCAGUGGCUGUCCCAAGGUUAAUCAAGAAGCUGAACCAAGAGACGAUACUGCAGGUCUCCUGUGGCAACUGGCACUGCCUCGCUCUUGCAGCUGAUGGACAGUUCUUUGCAUGGGGGCAGAACAACCAUGGGCAGCUCGGGCUGGGUAAAGAAUUCCCCUCACAGCCGAGUCCUCAGUGUGUCAAGUCACUCGACGGGAUCCCGUUGGUGCAAGUCGCCGCAGGAGGAGCACAUAGCUUUGCCCUGUCUCUCUCAGGAGCUGUGUUCGGUUGGGGGAAAAAUUGCUCGGGACAGUUAGGAUUGAGCGACCAACGAGAUCGGGAGUCUCCAUGCCACGUGAAGCUCUUACGGUCUCAGAUGGUCGUCUAUAUCAGCUGUGGAAAUGACCACACAGCUGUCCUCACAAAGAGUGGAGGGGUGUUCACCUUUGGGGCAGGUUCCUUUGGCCAGCUCGGCCAUGACUCCUUGAAUGAUGAAGUAAACCCCAGAAGGGUUCUGGAGCUAAUGGGCAGCGAGGUGUCCCAAAUCGCUUGUGGUAGGCAACACACACUAGCCUUCGUGCCUUCUUCAGGAAUUAUCUAUGCAUUUGGCUGUGGAACCAGAGGCCAGCUAGGAACUGGACAUACCUGCAAUCUUAAAUGUCCUUCCCCAGUAAAGGGUCAGUGGGCAGCUUACAACGAGCAACACUUGGGUACAACAGAUCCGUGUAAAUAUGACAUUGUUCAACGUAUCUUUUCUGGAGGAGACCAGACGUUCGUUCUUUGCUCUGAAAGGGAGAAUUCUGUGCCUGCUGAUGAUUUCCGAGCCAUAAAUCAAAGUGACUACACCUGCUCAAUUAAUGAUGAAACGAUUGACAUGUGGAGACACAAGCUGUCAGAGAGGAACAACCCCAAUUCAGUAAAUGAGGUCGUGCAAAUCCUGUCCUCCGCUGCCUGCUGGAAUGGGAGCUUCCUAGAAAAGAAAAUAGAUGAACAUUUUAAAACUAGUCCCAAAAUCCCAGGGAUUGACUUGAAUUCCACCAGAGUGAUGUUUGAUAAGCUAAUGACAACUCAGCAUUCCAUCUUGCUUGACCAGGUCUUGAAGAGCUUUGAAAGCUUUUUGAUCCCUCAGCUCCCCAGCUCCCCACCAGAUGUCGAAGCCAUGAGGAUCUAUCUGAUUCUCCCCGAAUUCCCACCAUUUCAAGAUUCCAAAUACUACGUAACAUUAACCCUUCCCUUGGCAAUGGCCAUACUGCGCCUGGACAGAAACCCCAGCAAAGUCUUAGAUAACUGGUGGUCUCAGGUGUGCCCCACAUACUUCUUGAGGCUGGUCGAUCUCUAUAAAGGCGCUGUGGUUUACCUUUUGCAUGGGAAAAAAACAUUACUGAUCCCAGUCUUGUACAGCAGCUACAUCACAGCUGCCCUGCGACUUCUGGAGAAACUUCAUAAAGUAAAUCAGAAAGUUAAGCAUGUAGAAUAUGACAAGUUUUAUAUCCCAGAGAUUUCCAGUCUGGUGGACAUUCAGGAAGACUACCUGAUGUGGUUCUUGCAUCAAGCUGGAAUGAAAGUGCGGCCGGCGAUCAUGCAGGAUGCCGUGACCCUGUGCUCUUACCCUUUCAUCUUUGAUGCCCAAGCCAAGACGAAGAUGCUGCAGACGGACGCUGAGCUGCAGAUGCAGGUGGCAAUUAGUGGAGCGAAUCUGCAGAAUGUUUUCAUGCUUCUUACCCUGGAGCCCCUUCUGGCACGAAGCCCUUUCCUUGUUCUUCACGUCCGUAGGAGCAACUUGGUUGGCGAUGCCUUGAGAGAGUUGAGCAUCCAUUCAGAUAUUGACUUGAAGAAGCCUUUGAAGGUGAUCUUUGAUGGUGAGGAAGCUGUUGAUGCUGGCGGAGUCACAAAGGAGUUCUUCCUUCUGCUGCUGAAAGAGCUCCUAAAUCCCAUCUAUGGAAUGUUCACAUACUACUCAGAAUCAAACCUGCUGUGGUUCUCAGAUACCUGUUUUGUAGAGCACAACUGGUUUCAUCUCAUCGGUAUAGUCUGUGGGUUGGCCAUAUACAACUUCACCGUGGUGGAUCUUCACUUCCCUUUGGCUCUGUACAAGAAACUCCUGAAUGUGGAGCCCUGUUUAGAAGAUCUGAAGGAGCUGUCUCCCAUGGAAGGAAGGAGCCUUCAACAGCUUUUAGAUUACCCUGGGGAAGAUGUUGAAGAAACAUUCUGCCUGUGUUUUACAAUAUGCCGAGAGAGCUACGGCGUGGCAGAGCACAAGAACCUCGUGCCCUACGGAGACAAGAUUCCAGUGCAGAAAGACAACAGGCAGGAGUUUGUUGAUGCCUACGUGAAUUACAUCUUCAACCUUUCCAUCCACGAGUGGUACAUGGCUUUCUCCUCCGGCUUCCUGAAGGUGUGUGGCGGGAAAGUCCUAGAACUUUUCCAGCCCACUGAGCUCCGGGCCAUGAUUGUAGGGAACAGCAACUAUAACUGGAAGGAACUGGAGGAGAGUGCUGCUUACAAGGGAGAAUUCUCUGCCACACACCCGACCGUGAAAAUGUUCUGGGAGACGUUUCAUGAAUUCCCUUUGGAAAGGAAGAAGAAGUUUCUCUUGUUCCUGACAGGCAGCGACCGCAUUCCCAUCUACGGCAUGUCGAGUCUGCGCAUCGUCAUCCAGUCCACGGCCAGUGGGGAGGAGUAUUUGCCCGUGGCUCACACGUGCUACAACCUGCUGGACCUGCCCAAGUACAGCAGCAAAGAAAUCCUGAACACUCGACUGACUCAAGCCAUCGACCAUUACGAGGGCUUCAGCUUGGCCUGAGGGG